AUGAUCAACCUGCGAGAUCCGAAAAACUUGAUCAGUCGAUCGAGCAAUCAUCCAAUUCAAUCGGCUAAAGAUGUGUGCAGUUAUCAAAAUUAUUUAGUGGGCAUCCAUGGCGAAAGCUUGAAGGAAACGACAGCGGCGUCGGAAACGUUCGCAACCUACACUGAAUAUCACCCGUUCAUCAUCCCGUUGCUGAAUUUUAUCUUCUUUCUGCUGCAAGCUAUCGAGGCCAACCAGCGCAAGCUGGUGGUAUUCAAAACCUUGUGCGAGCUGUACAAACCUUCGAUAGAGCGAGAUCCGUCCUAUGAAAAGUAUCUGCAAAUGAUCGGUAUGAUUUUUCCUCAUCUAUGCUUGAUCGGUAUGAUGUUCUUUGGAAAAAGCCAGUCGCAAAGACCGCAACACGAGGGCAUCCCAGGAAUUUUCGGUGAUCUACUAAAUCAAGGGCUGGAUGAUGACUUGGACGAUGAAUCGGCCAGUGGUAGCCAUCCCCACAACCAGUCCAGAACGACGGCAGGGUAA